GUAUUUGUAUGAACAAAAUGCACAUUUAUUUUAAGUUAUCCCUUCAAACCAAAAACAAUAAUGUGGUCUCUCCUUCUUCCUCAUUUUUCCUACAAAUCUGAGGCCUUGGGAGGGGGCUAAUGGCACUGUCGCCCCCCCUUAAUCCGCGCCUGUAUUUGCUUGUCAAGUGUGACACCAUUUUUGUGGAUCCAAUCACCGAAUCACCCGUAACAGAGUGGAGAGUGGUCAUAAUGCAUGUGUAUUUGACAAAGUGAAAUUUCUGUAUGAAACUAACUCAAGUCAAAUGACAGUGAGGAUAUCUAUGUGCAAAAACUCUUGUUUAUCUGUUUGACACGCUUCACUGCACGUAGAGGUUAUGUUUAUAAGUUGCUUAUCCAAGUGUCAAAGUUUAAUUUGCCUAAACAGGAAAUUAGAUCUAUAAAUAAUUCAAGCAUACAAUUCCAAUUAUAAUACAAUACCUAUAGUAUGUAAUGUCCAGAUUCAUAUUUAGGUCAGCUCUUGGAAAAACCAAAUAUCCAAGCAUAAUACUGAAUCAAAUACCACAAUCCACACCAUCUAGCCUACACACAUCAGCUGUAAACAUGGCUAAAGAAAUCAGUAAGGAGGAAAUACGGAAAAGGCUGACACCUCUACAGUAUCAAGUAACACAGGAAAAAGGGACUGAAAGACCAUUCUCUGGUUGCUAUAACAAAACAUAUGAUGCUGGAACAUAUGCUUGUAUAGUAUGUGAACAACCCCUCUUUAGCUCAGAAACGAAGUACGAUAGUGGUUGUGGAUGGCCAGCUUUCAAUGAUGUGUUGGACCAAGGAAGGAUCAAGCUGACACCUGACUUGAGCGGAGUGGGUGCAAACCUUUUACUCCUAAUAUCCCAACCAGGUAGGGUACGGACCGAGGUGACCUGCGCCCAGUGUGGCGCCCAUCUUGGACAUGUGUUCGACGAUGGACCACCGCCAACGAGGAAGAGGUUUUGCAUCAACUCUGCUUCAAUGAAUUUCAUACCGAAAAAGGAUGGGAAAGCAGGAGAUAGCUAGGAUAUUUUUGUAUUUUCUUUUCAUGUCAGUUUUUGUGUUCUCGAAUGUAAUGGUCGUUUCAUUAGAGAGGAUUACGUCACACAUUAGAUAACAUGUAUGAGUGAACAACAUAAAGGCUCUAAAAGCUAUGGUAUGAGCAUAGAUAAAUUACUGCAUUUGUCUUAAGUUAGUUCCCCAUCAAUUUGUGUUGUCGAAAUGACUUGCUAGUGAAACGACUUAUUGUUUCAUUGAUCAAUUUGGUUAGAAAGUUAAGCAUAUGCCACUUAAACGAUUUCAGAUUUUUGCUAUAAAAAAUACAGCAAAAUGUUCAGUUAUGCCUAAAUAAUUGAAAUUAUAAUUCUUGUUUUUAUUGUGCUCGAAAAUUAUAAAAACCGCCUAAAGCGCAGAUGAUAUUAUCAUUUAUUAUUGAUUCUGGUAAAAUAAUGGGCCUACUAUAAAUACUACAUUACUAAAAAUAUGCAUUGGGAGCGUUUAGCAAACCUGAAGAGGUCCAACAGUGCAGCACUUUUAUGCUUAAUAGCAGUAGCCGUGACGAUUUGCAUUAUGAAUCUUUUUUUAUAUAUACACCAGUUACCACGAAGGUCCAAGGCCUAACACCCAUGGGGUAUCGUGGGGCUAUAGGGGGACGCCACACGGACUCUAGCGAGGGAACAUGCACACAUUCUGGCCCCGCCUUAGAGAUCCGCCGGGUGGUACCUCCGCGUAAGACAGUCUGACAUAGGCUACCACCUCCGGACAAUCACAACAUCCAGAGCCAAGAGAAAAAGUUCUCUUGGGCGGGAUUCGAACCCGUGCAGCGCACGGCGACUGAUUAGGAGACCGUAACGUCUACCACUAUGCCACCGCUGCUGCCUGAGCCGCCAUCUGACAGUCAAGUGAAAACUGCUCUCAAACUGAUAAAGCUAUAUGCCAUUGCUGCACUGCUGGACCGCUUUACAUUGGCUGAAUGUUCUCAUUGAUUUGGUAACUACUCUACAAAGUGAUCAGAUGAAGGGAUAUACAGUUCAUAUUGACGAUAAGAUAUAAAUGUCGCAAUUUCGUUGAGGAUAGAAGCACUUGUGUUAGUUUUGAACCCUGAAUUGUUUGCUUACCUGGUGAUAUAAUUGUCUACUUCUAAUUGAACUGUGAAUUGUAAAUCUCACAUCAGGCCUAGUAGUUGCUUUAUAUCAAAAGCAGUUUUCAUUAGUUAUUCCAUGGGUAGUUUGCUUCGAUUUACACGGAAGCACAAUUUAGUCUUUAUGGGGCAAUCGUGUAGGAUCGCCAUGACCUACCUGUUGAUACUGGUUAUUCUUCUAACAAUGACAUCAUGUACUGUCAUGAAGAUCAGAAAAAUAAUGUUCUCAUGUUUUGAAAACGGGAUAGAACAAACAAGAACUUUACAUUUAGGUUAAUACUUAAAAUCAUAUAAAGUCUCCGUUCAUGACAGCCAAAGUUAUAAGAUUACAGAGGAACUUAUAUUCCUCGUACUUACGCGCUUAUUUGUUCCCUGAACAAUCAUAGGAAUCUUAACGUACAAAAUAAUAGAAUAAUACAAAAAUAUGCAGUAACCUUUGUUUCUUGCUUGUGUUAAUCUGAAAUACUGAUGAAAUAGGGCUCAAACCACAGUUUUCUGUUUGUUAAUAGCCACCCAAUAGUUUAAUAUCGCAAAGGCAGCUUGAUAAUGUAGUUUAAGAGAAACGUUUAUAGUGGAAAUAAUUUAUUUUUGCUAAGAAAGUGUGAACUGGUUUGUAAAAAUAUUACCGGAUUUACGCAUAUUGUAAACAACUGAAUAAUAUGUUGAUGCUGCUUUAAAAUUAUAGAAUUGUACUGCAGAUUAAUUUCAGGUGUAUACUAAUAUAAAAUAUGUAAUUUAUCUUUUUAUGGCGUAAAAAUGCUAUUUGUGAAUAAAAUUGCACUAUCACCAUGUCUGAAGUUUAUAAUAUUUGAAUGAAAUGAACAUGUGAUAAAAUACUAUUCUGUAUAUAGUAAUUUUUAUUAAUAAAGCUGGUUUAAAU